ACACUAUAGCUAUUAUUUUUUUGUUAAGCGAACUCUUAAAUUUACUUAAUCAGAUUCGAUUAAAGUCGAUUCUGAUUGACUAGUAAGAGCCACGGAACAAAGAUUAAAGGAACAAGUAUAAGAAGAAGAAAUGGGACGAGGUCUCAGAAAAUUGAUGGCAGGAGGAGGAGCGACGACGGCCUCAGACUCAGAUUGCGAUACUUUCAGCAUUUUUGGCCCUUUCCAUCUUACAUCUAUUGACUGGACCAAUUCGUACUACCGAACCUCAGUGGCGUCAAGUUUGGUAAAUGGAGUGUACACAUUGGAAGGGGACAGGCUAGAGAAACGUGUAGGUUCCGAAUCACUAGCUAAUCCUUGGUGGGAGUUUUUCAACUUCACUUUGCUAGAAACCUUGAUAGACGACGACGGUGCCAUAUACGGUGCGGUUUUCGAGUACAAUCUCUACAACCUUUACCAAAACACACCAAAUGUGAAAGUUCCACAUCAUGUGAUUGCCUUCCGCGGCACGGUUCUGAAAGGAAAAACAUGGAAGUCUGAUAUGAAACUUAACCUCAAAUUCAGCUUCAACAACCUCCAUCACGGCGGCAGAUCUUUGCAUGCGGUAAAAGCAAUCCGUAGUAUGGUGGAGAAACACAGUGAAUCAGCUAUAUGGCUUGCUGGACACUCUUUGGGAGCUGCCCUAGUGUUGCUUGCUGGAAAGACCAUGACAAGUGUUGGAUACCUCCUCGAAAGUUACAUAUUCAACCCACCCAUCUCCACGAUUCCUCUAGAGCAGUUACCUGGGGGAGAUAAGAUUAGAGGCGUGUUUCAAAUCGCCAAGACUGUUGUCAAAGCCACCGUAGCCAUGGCUUUGGCCGAUCACCAGCUUAAAGAAGACGAUCCAAGAACAGCAUCGUGGAUACCAUAUUUAUAUGUAAACCCAGCAGAUCCAAUAUGUGCAGGAUAUAUUGAUUACUUCAAACACAAAACCUUCAUGUCUGAGAUCGGUGCAGGCCUAAUCGAGAGAACAGGUGCAAGACAAUCAGUUAGAAGUCUGUUGGUCGGAAGAAAAGAAAAAGCAUCAAUGUCAGAUCUGUCAAAGGAGCCUCUUCACCUUCUUCCAUCAGCAGAUAUGACUGUAAACAAGAACAAACCUACUAAGUCUACGUCAGCUCAUGGGCUUCACCAAUGGUGGGAGCGUGACUCGAGCCUCAGGGAAAACUGGGAAAGCUGUUGCAUUAGGCCUUACCCUGAAGACAAGUUGGAGCAGUUAACCAUACAAUAAACAAUUAAUAGUGAGGGUUACAUAUAUAAUACAGUGUUUGAUUAGGUUAAAUGGCUUUACGCCUUCUGUAACUUGUUCAAGUGAUCUUUUACUUCUACUUCUUUGUUGUCUUUUAUUUCA